AUGUUGGAGUCGCCCUUGAGACCAUCUGAUAGACUUAUUGGUGGUUUGGCCUUCUCACCGGAUGGCAAGGUGAUCGCAUUAGGGUCAGGGGGUCAUAAAAUCCGGCUCUGGGAUCCAGAUGCAGAAGACGAUUCUCUAAAGAUACUCGAAGGCCAUACUGAUUAUGAAAGUGAUGAAAUCCACGCUAUGGCUUUUUCACCGGAUAGCAAGAUGAUUGUGUCAGGGUCGUGGCAUCAUAUAGUCCGGAUCUGGAAUCUGGCAGACGGUUCAUCGAAGACACUCAACGGCCAUACUGCUUAUGUCAAGGUUGUGGCCUUCUCACCAGAUAGCAAGAUAGUGGCGUCGGGAUCAGAGGAUGCAACAAUCCGGCUCUGGGAUCUCACGAACUUGGAUGACAUUUCAUCGAAGACACUCAACGGCCAUACUGCCCCUAUCAAUGCUGUGGCCUUCUCACCGGACGGCAGGAUGGUGGCGUCAGUGCAAGACUGUCGUGGUGAAGCAACACUCCGACUCUGGGAUCUAGCAGGCAAUUGUCUGAAGAUAGUUCCAGACCAAUACGACGCACUGGCCUUCUCACCGGAUGGCAAGAUACUGGCAUCAUUAUCUCUGAAUUGUACGAUCCAUCUUUUGAAUCUGGCAGACGAUACAUCGAAGACACUUGAGGGCCAUACUAGUGGUAUCACUGUUAUGGCCUUCUCACCAGAUAGCAAGAUAGUGGCUUCGGGAUCACAGGAUAAAACAGUCCGGCUCUGGAAUCUGGCCGAAAAUUCAUCGAAGACACUCCGCCAUAGCCUGGGAUCAUAUGCUUACAUCAAUGCCAUUGCCUACUCACCGGAUGGCAAUAUGGUGGCAUCAUUGUCAAUAAGUACUUCCGAUUCUACGGUAGCACUCUGGAAUCUGGAAGGCGAUUGUCUGAAGACACUCAAUACGCGUGCAUAUGAUCCUAGGUAUAUGGCCUUCUCACCGGUCAGCAAAAAGCUGGCGACGGCAGACAACGAAGAUAGAGCUGUCCGGCUCUGGGAUACAGAGAAAGGCGAUAUUUUACGGACAUUCAAGGACCCCCCUGCUUCGAUCAAUGCUAUGGCAAUAGCAUCGGAUGGCAGUGGAUUCAUGGUGACAGCAUCAGAUGAUAAAAUGGUCCGGUUAUGGGGUAGGCAAGGCAUGCCGCUGGGGACAUACGAGGGUCAUAGCGCUUCUGUCGAUGCUAUAGCCUUCUCACCGGAUAGCAAGAUAGUGGCUUCGGGAUCAAAGGAUAACACAGUCCGGCUAUGGAAUUCCCCGGAAUUCGAUGCCAUUUCAUCUAAGACACUCAACGGCCAUACCGCUCCUAUCACUGUUGUGGCCUUCUCACCAGAUAGCAAGAUGGUGGCGUCGGGAUCAGAGGAUGCAACAGUCCGGCUCUGGGAUCUCACGAACUUGGAUGACAUUUCAUCGAAGACACUCAACGGCCAUACUGCCCCUAUCACUGCUGUGGCCUUCUCACCACAUGUCGAAUUAGUGACGUCAGUGUCAGCUGACAAAACGGCGCGAAUCUGGGAAUACUAG